AUGCGGCGCUCCAACAAAUCUCACGAGACCUCGUCCCCGGUAGCAGUGGUCCCUGAGGCCGACACCACGAGCAGGAGUUGCAGCCCCGAGAAAGACGGCGGCCUUCCCAAUCACAGUAGACGGCAGUCGACAAUUGCCAGGCGAGCAUGUGACUUUUGCCGAGUGCGCCGCCGCCGUUGCGUCUUCGGGCAGGCGCAGGCGGAGACGGGGGCGGGAACGGGAACGGGGACAGGGACGGCGACGGCGACGGGGAUGGAACGAUGUCGCGAGUGCAUCAGACUCGACCUCGUCUGUACCUUUCUCAAGCCAACACAGACAAGAGGCCCCAAGCGAAGAAAAAUCGGCUUAACUAUCAUGCAACGAGAUAUUCAUAGCUCGUCCCAGUCAUUUGAAUCUCCAUCGACUCGCCAGGUUGAUACUGCUGCCAGUGGCCCUUGGUUCGCAACAGAGAAAAUAGGCCCACGAGGCUUGAUUCUCGUUAUUAUAGACGACUAUCUAGCCCGCAUCUACCCUCUAAUCCCGGUUGUACACCGCCCAACCUUCCGCCGUCGACUCAACCAAAGCGAUGAUGAUCCAGAUUUCCUCGCUUUGAUCCUCUCCUUGGUGGUCGUCGCCGUCGGUCUCCUUCCGUCCAGAUUCCCUUACUACCAGUCUCUUACUUCCGGCAGUUUAUCCACAUGCAAGUUUCAGACACGUGAAUCGGUUAUUAAUGCCUGUAUCGAUUUGUGCAUGGAAAUGCGGACGGCCACCUACUGGGACCAAGUCAGUCACCAGAAGUGGGCAACGAGCUAUCUAUUAUCUGUGGGUUGCUUCCAGCUCGGGCAGGCUAACCGUAGCCGCAUGCUAGAGGUCGAAUUUUUGCAGACCGGUCGGUUGCUGGGGAUCCAUCGCAUCGCGGAUUACGAGGGACUCAAUUGCAUCGAAACCCAGCUGCGGAAAAAGGCAUUCUGGUUAUGCUUUUAUACAUAUGCCCAUGCGUGGUACCAGUGCGGACGGCAAGAGCGGUUGAGUUUCUUCGAUCAUGGGAUGCUAGCCGAGGUAAACUUUGAUGCUCUCGUCCCCUUGGAACUCGACGAUGAGCAGAUUCUCGAGCACAAGCUCCUUGAAUCUCCUAUCUCCCCACCUGCAGCUAUUUCCCCAGCAGCAGCAUCCAUGCACCAAUAUCACUCCAGGACCGCCGCAAAGUUCAACUUAACUGCUGGGUUCAACUUACACUCUAGGGUGUUUCACAAGAGCGCGCAGCUUGCUCUAACGCCAGCCUUGUGUGACUGGGAACGGCGAGUUAAACCUACAGAUAGGUUAUCACACUUACGACAACUUCUGCAGGAGAUGCGAUACAUGCUGGAUGACGCCCCCCUUGAAAUCCGGCAGUGGGCAUCUUCAUCCUGGUUUCCAGACGAAGUAUCCAUAGCCUCCCCCGCCAGUGUUCAGCAGGAUUCUAGCGUGAGCUACCAAGCUGACGAGAUGGUCGAGGAUGAUGCAAAGUCGCUCCCUGGCCAGUUUGAAAUCAUGAGGGCAAACCUACACGGUACGCAUCUAUGGCUCCAAAGCGCCCUCUUGGAUCAGAUUGAUCUCAUCCUACAGGAUAUGUCGAAGAGGCCUGAUAUAUCCCAAUCAGAGAGAGACUGCCAUUUAGCAGCCCUGAAAGCGAGCUGGUCGGAACGUGAAGACGUUUGUCGCCAGAUACUUCAUUUAGUUCAUAGCAUACCCCAUGCAUACAUCGAACCAAACGGUCUAUAUUUUGCCUAUAAAGUCCGUGACGUAGGCGUGGCAUUGCUCAACUGCCCUUUUGAAGCCUCCGAACCACCUGCACGGCGUGCAACUGAGUACAUGCGCGACUUGACCCGAGCCUUGUCUCGCAUUGACCAGAGUGAGAGAAUGAAUACAAGCAGUCUGCGAAGCUGGGUGGAUACAGAUCGUGAACAGACGAUACCAAGGGGAUAUAAUUGA